CGCCGGUACUGGAAUAUCGCUUCAUAAGUCAGACGUUGCAGCCGGGCCCCUCAGUGAGCUUAAAAUGUAUCGCGUCAGGGGCACCAACCCCUCACGUCUCCUGGACUCUUGAUGGCUUCCCCCUCCCGCAACAUGACAGGCUGGUGGUGGGUCAGUACGUGGGGAUGGGCGGGGCGGUGGUGAGCCACGUCAACCUGACGGGCGUGAGGGCGGAGGACGGGGGCGCCUACACCUGUAUCGCCGCCAACAGGGCGGGGUCCGCCUCCCACACCGCCAAGCUCAACGUCUACGGACCGGCGUAUGUCCGGCCUAUGUCAGUAGUGACGGCGGUGGCCGGGGAACACCUCCUUAUAUCCUGUCCGGCGGCCGGAUACCCGCUCGCCCAGAUCACCUGGUCCCGAGAGGGUCGAACCCUGCCGGUAACAGCGCGACAGAACGUGUUCGAAAACGGUACUCUGGUGGUGAGAGAUGUGCAGAAGUCUGCUGACGGCGGGUCUUACAGCUGCACCGCCCAUGACAAGCAGGGCAGAACCCACUCUGCUACUGCCUCUGUGCAGGUCCUUGUGCCUCCCAAGCUGAGUUCCUUCGACAUGCGUCGCGACCUGGCACUGGGUGAACGGGUGUCGGUCCAGUGUACCGUCAACGGCGGUGACACGCCCCUGCAGAUCCGCUGGACCAAAGAUGGCGUCCCGGCAGACAGCAUCGCCGGGACGCAGGUGCGGCCGCUGGACCAAUACUCCACCAUCCUCACUAUCAACCACCUCACGCCCCUACACACCGGCAACUACACCUGCACCGCCGCCAACGACGCCGCCACCGUCCACCACACCGCCUCGCUCAACGUCAAUGUGCCGCCGUCGUGGCUAGAGGCCCCCAGGGACACCUCUGUCACCCUUGGAGGCGCCGUGGUCGUCCCCUGCCACGCCCAGGGCUUCCCCACUCCCAAGGUGACCUGGAGGAGAACCAGAGAGGAGCAGCCCGGCCAGUACAGCCCUAUCUUAGGGGGCGGGCUUGGCCUGGGCGUGGGCGUAGCCAACAACGGCAGCCUGGUGGUGGUGGGCGCGCGGGCGGAGGACGAGGGCCAGUAUCUGUGUGAAGCUUCGAAUGGUGUGGGCGGCGGUCUGUCGGCCCUGGUCAAGCUCACUGUUAAUGCGCCACCCAGGUUCGACUCCGAUCUCCAGCAGACAGUGACGGUGAGACGGGGGGCGCGGGCGUCACUCCUCUGUCACGCCCACGGUGACCCGCCCAUCACGCUCAUCUGGCAUGCCACCCACACCCACGCCCACGACCUCAG